AUGCAAAGGCCACCUCUACUCGCAAUGACCGCGGCAUACAGAACGGCCUCGACGAACUGCCUCUCAGUCGUGGCAGGGGUGUUACCAUUUGACUUGGAGAUUGAGAAAAGUGCGCUCCAAAGACGCCUGGCAGGAGGCGAGAUCACCCAGGAGCAGCUCACGGAACACGUGGCGAAUAUAUUCACCACAUGGCAGGAAAGGUACGAAGCGACCGACAAAGGGGAAUGGACCAAGCGCAUGAUACCCUGCGUGCGGGAACGGUACAUUCUGCCAAUGCCCUUGGACCACUACACGACCCAGUUGCUGACAGGGCACGGCGACUUCAAAUCCAAACUGUUUGGGUUCAAGCUAGUGGCCUCGCCCAACUGCGGGUGCGGGAAUGGAUCGGAGACAGUCCAGCACGUUAUAUACCGCUGCCCGAGAACGGAGACAUACAGACAGGAGCUCAAAAAAGUGAUGGCUGAGGAACAUGAGGGCUGGCCACCCAGGAACGGUGCCUUCCUCAAAACGAGAAGGACGUACGAGGCGCUUAGGAAGUUCGCCAAGAAAGCGCUAACAAACAGAACCGACAGAUAG